AUGCAAUAUGCAGAGAUAAUUGAUCGCGUGAAGCCGGAUCGCGUGAUGGUCGAGCUUUGCAAUGAGCGGCAAGGAUUAAUGUACAUGUCAGAAAAGGCGAUCAUGGAUCAACCCGACAUUACCUGGUCAGAUCUGGUCAAUAUGGCGAAGGCAAAAGGAAUCGGUGCUGCUCUUGUCCAACUUUCGCUUAUGGGCGCGACGGACCACGCUAAACACGAGCUGCAAACAAUACCCGGCGGCGAGUUUCGCUUCGCCAAGCAGCAAUGUGACAGAGUGCCCAAUUGCAAAGUUGUCCUGGGCGAUCGAAGAAUGUCAGUGACUUUUCGGCGGCUUACAGCGGCUAUGUCCACUUGGGAAAAGAUACGCUUCGUUGCGGGCACAAUUUGGGACAGCCUCUGGGUCAAAGAAGAAGAAAUCGAAGAAAUGAAGCAAGAAGACACAUUAGAAAAGUUAAUGGAAGAAAUGAAAGUGGGCUAUCCAAGUGCGGCAAGAGUGAUUCUCGACGAACGGGACAUUUAUCUGACAGGCAUGCUCCAAGCGACGGCGCGCUCGCCCCAAAAAGUCCCGAAAGAUAUUAGCGAAAGUGGACUCGUGCCGCCUGUGAUUGUCGCUGUCGUCGGUAUCGGACAUCAGAAAGGCAUCACGCGGUUGUACAACGAGAAAAUGGUUACGAAAAAGGACCUGGACGAGUUGAAUAGAACGCCCGAGCAAGAGCCCGUCAACUGGCCGCUUGUAGUUUCCAUGAUAGGUGGAAACUGCGCACUGGCGGUUGUUCUCUGCUGCUGGGGCUGUAGGAAACUAACGAAAGUACUCUUCCGAAAAGAACCGGCUAUUGAUCCGAUGAAGUUAAUUAAAAUAGCAUAG